CACAUCCGGGGUUGUCCUCCUUGGACACAUCUCGUGACCGUAGUUUUAUUACACCGCGAGCUGAGUUGCGGGAGUGAAACCGCAAGAAGAAAGAGGAGGAGGAGGAGGAGCUGUGAGGCCACACAGACCUCCUCAAAGAUGAACCUAAACACGUCUGUUCUUCUCUGCACAUGAAGCUCCAGCACAGGACGAACCAUGUGGAGAGUUCAAGGCUUUGUUGGCCGAGCUCUGCAUCGAUGCUACGGCAACAACCCCCUGCGACUGCCACAGAACCACCAUGUGGAGGACGAGGUCUUCAGCAGCUCCACCGUCCUCUCGACCUCUCGACACACCUCUGACAGCAGCUCUCACAAAGAGCAGGAUGAGAAGAGGAGGAGACAACAGAGGACCUUUCAGUAUGGCUGUGCUGAGCUUCCACAUUACACAGCCCUGGAUGCUGUUGGAUGGAGUGCUGCAGCAGUUCUGUUCAUGCAGUUCUGCAGGAGGAUCCACUCCCGGCUCUCUUCAGGCACUGAGCCGAGUCCGAUCCCUGGAGCCCAGACAGCACCCUCCAAGCUGCACAGAUGUGGCUACCGCAUCCUGCUGCAGAUCUUGUCUCAACGUGAUGUCCUGCCCAGAGGACGGAGUGCGUUGUGUCUGCAGGAGGUGACAGAGAGACAGAACCAAGACCAGUUGCCGGCUCAGAGCAGCAGCAGCAGCUCAGGUGGCACCAGUCUUCACAGCAGCAAUGAGCAGGACCAUCUGACUUCUGAUUGCUCUGGCUCUGACCAGCCUCAAAUACCAGAUGAAACACUUCUGUCAGCGACCUGUCCUCUGCAGAAUGAUGCCAGCCGAGACAGCACAGAGACAAAAGAUGCUAAUGACAAGGGCAUCCUGUCUGAUGAGGAGAGGCUGACAGAAGCAGCACAGAACCUCAAACACGUGGAAGACACCAGUGUCCCUGUUAUCCUCAACAUCAUUGGUCUAGAAAGUGCCAAGAGUGAGAACUACGAGGAAGCUUUUACAUGUUUUGUAGCUGCCGCUCAGCAGGGUUAUAGCAAGGCCCAGUUUAACGUGGGUGUGUGCUACGAGAAAGGCAGAGGAGUCCGCAAGGACAAAGACAAGGCUCUGCAUUACUACUGGCAGGCAGCAGUGGGGGGUCACAGACAGGCUCAGUACCGCUAUGCAAAGCUGCUCCUGACCAGCAAGGGGCACCAGAGUUUAGAGGAGCUGAACACUGCCAUCAGCUUACUGGAACAGUCUGCUGCAGCUGGACUCACCAAGGCGCAGGUCUGUCUGGCUUCAGUCUACUCUCAAGAGCCGGUGAGAGACGGGAGCAAGUCUGUCCACUACCUGAAGAUGGCAGCAGAGAGUGGCGACUACACCGCCAUGCUGUUCCUGGGUCAGUGUUUUGAGAGUGGCUUUGGGGUGCAGCAGAAUCUGAGGACAGCGAUUGAAUUCUACAAGCGAGCUGCUAAAUCAGGCAACAAGCAGGCUAGGAGCUUACUGACACCCCCUAAUGACAUGCUGAAGGCGGAAGAUGUGAUGUUACGCUCCAUCCGUUCAGCUCCAUGUUUCUCUGUAGCCGAUCAUUGCCUGUCCUCUCUGGUCACUGGCAUCCCUCCCUCCACCAAUCUCCCUGUCACCCUUUCCCUCCUGCCUCACUCCUGGAGUACCGGGAGUUUGUGUGUGUCCCCGGCGCUGUCCUCCACUCCUCUUCACCUCCAUCCUUGCAAUACUGAGGGAGGAACCUGCCAGUGGACUGUAGGGAUAGGAUGAGUUACCCUGAGCUGGCACAGGCCAAAUUGAGGAAUGUAUUUCAUAGUGCGAAGGUUUUUCACAGAGAAAAGUCAGAUUGUGUAAAUAUUGUGAAGUCUGGAUUAGAGUGAAAAUAUUUUAUACUUGGUGAUUUUUUUAGAAGUCUGAAAGAGUUGUUGGAUACAAGAUACAACAAUAUUAUGUGUUGAACGGGAUAUAAGCUUUUCUAGUAUUUGUACAGUGUUUUCUAUGUUCUAAGUUCUCCUCUUCCUAAGAAAAUGUUUUCUAGGUGCCUUUAGAUGAGGUGAGAAUAUCAGGUGUGUUGUUUCUCUCCCUGCUAACGAAGGAUUAAUGGCAUAAAAAAAUACGUUCUUUUAAGUAAAGUGCUUUAUAUUAAUGUCAUAUCUACCUUCAAUAUUACCGGUCCUAAGUAAGUCAAAUGUUUCAUUGUUGUAAAAGAGCAGCUUUAGAAGAUAUAGGGAAGGGAAAGCACUACAUGUUUUGUCAUAGCUCAACCUCUAAACUAUACACAUGCCAAAGUGGAUUAUGAUGCACUGUGAGGUUGCUGUUUUCUGUUAUACGCACAAGUGAAAUAAUAAAAAAAUUCAAAAAUCAUAAAAA